AUGUCGCAAAAAUCGCGAAAGCUUCAGCGCGUCUCUAAGGCCUGCGACUUUUGCAACAGACGCAGCAUCAAAUGCAGUCAAAGAGAGGAUCCGUUAGGCCGCUGUCAAAAUUGCGCGGACUUCGAUGUGCCGUGCACCUUUGAUCGCCCCGCAAAACGCAGGGGCGUCAAGGCUGGCACUCAGGCGAGUGGUCGUGACGCUCAGUUUGUGAGGGCAUCAGUCAAUCAUGGUAUUCAUACGGCAGCAGCGACUGUAAGUGGUGGAAGAGCCUACGGCUCUUCGACUUCUCGCAGUUCAUACCGUCCAUCGAUCUCCGGUGAUCCCUGGUCUGGCUGGUCAGCAGCCGAAGGUGAUGACGAUGACGGGGCGCUGCACAAUUCUUGGAAAGCCUUUGCCAUUGCCUGUGACCGGCAAAUAAGGAAUUUAGUCCAGGUUUAUUUCGAGAUCGUCUAUCCAAUAUUUCCCUUGUUUCACAUGCCGUCGUUCAUAGAGCAGGUCAACAGCAAGGAGCAUCUCCGCAAUCAAGGGCUCUUUGCCUCCGUGAUGGCUGUUUGCUCUUUGGUCUCCGGUCGGGUGCGUGACGGUGCGUUGUACUCUAAUCGGUGGCACCGAGAAGAGCUCAUAGAUCCACCCUCAGAGGCUUUCUUUGCAGCUGCUAGAGACUCGAUUCCUCGGGACCUUGUCGCAGUCAAGGGUAUUGAUUAUAUGCGCGCGUGUGCCAUACUUGCUAUCGCCAGCAUUCAAAACGGCCAGAUCAGAAAUAUGCAGAAGUAUUCCGGCUUAUACCACACCUUGACUUCGAUGGAUGGCCUUUAUGACGAAAAGCUCUGGCCAAAAGACUUGAGUCCGAUUGAGACGGAGGAGCGGCGGCGACUUUUUUGGUCUAUUUAUACGCUAGACAUCUAUUCGACCAUUGUGUGGGGUGGCGUUAUUCGAUAUCGUGAGGCCCAUUCCUUGGUACGCUAUCCCAGCGAAGUAGACGACGAGUUCAUCACGCACCACGGCUAUGGCGUGCCGCCUGUAACACCGCAAUCGAAUCCGCUUCCGCCCAGCAACGUGACCGUCGUCUCCCGCCAGCCUAUGACCUGGCUGCGUGGUUGGAACUUCACCACAGACCUUUACCGCAUUCUCGAGCACGUGGUCGAUGGCAAUAGACGCCACUUCUCUUCGGCUAAUGGGACGACACAAGUGUGGCCACUGUUUAAUCCGUUAUCCAUGUCAGAGCCGGCGGUCAUGGAUCAAGUCCUUACUAUGUACUCCGCACUUCCAUCGCAUUUUCGCGAGACGCCGCCCACUACAGGAGACAUGUCUAAAGACUUAUUCGGGUUCCAGUCAGCCAACAUUCAGGCGACGCUACAACUUCUUCGGAUGGUGCUCUUGUCUGCGGAGGAAAUUGGAGUGGAGCGAAAAUGA